CUCGUGGUGCUGGCUGCCGCUGUUGAGGCGGCCGGGAACGGGCGGUGGGGAGCGGGCGGAACUGGCCUUGCCUCUGCCUGGCCGGCGCCGCAGUCGGCGCGGGCCGCGCCUGCCGCCGUAAACUGCCCUCAGCGUCUGCUGAGGCCGAGGGAGACGUCGGGGCCUGCACCUGGAGGGAGCCUGCCGCGCUGGCCCCGAGGAGGGGGCGUUGCCAUGGCGACAGCCUCUCCCGCCGCUGACGGGGGGCGGGGGCGGCCCUGGGAAGGAGGGCUGGUCUCCUGGCCCCCUGCCCCUCCCCUUACUCUACCCUGGACUUGGAUGGGUCCGAGUUGGGGGCAACAUCCUGGGCAUUGGGGCUUUCCAGCUCUCACAGAACCUUCAGCAUCCCCAGCUGGCAGUCUUGGCAUCUUCGAAGUAAGGAGAGUUUUAGAUGCUUCUGGAUGUUCAAUGCUAGCACCUUUACAGACUGGAGCAGCUCGAUUUUCUUCAUAUUUACUUUCAAGAGCAAGAAAAGUGCUGGGCUCCCACUUAUUUUCUCCCUGUGGUGUUCCGGAGUUCUGCUCCAUAUCCACCAGAAAACUGGCGGCCCACGGCUUUGGCGCAUCCAUGGCGGCAAUGGUGCCCUUCCCUCCCCAGAGGUAUCACUACUUUUUAGUGCUGGACUUUGAGGCCACGUGCGACAAGCCACAGAUUCAUCCUCAGGAAAUUAUCGAGUUCCCCAUCCUGAAGCUAAAUGGUCGAACCAUGGAGAUUGAGUCUACCUUUCACAUGUAUGUCCAGCCCGUAGUCCAUCCACAGCUUACUCCCUUCUGUACAGAGCUCACCGGGAUUAUUCAAGCUAUGGUGGAUGGUCAGCCAAGCCUGCAGCAAGUGCUGGAGAGGGUCGAUGAGUGGAUGGCGAAAGAAGGCCUCUUAGAUCCAAACGUCAAGUCAAUUUUUGUCACCUGUGGAGACUGGGACUUGAAAGUCAUGCUCCCGGGUCAGUGCCAGUACCUGGGCUUGCCAGUGGCGGAUUACUUCAAGCAGUGGAUUAAUCUGAAAAAGGCUUACAGCUUCGCCAUGGGCUGCUGGCCCAAGAAUGGACUUCUAGACAUGAACAAGGGCCUCAGCCUGCAACACAUAGGCCGGCCCCACAGCGGCAUUGAUGACUGCAAGAACAUUGCCAACAUCAUGAAGACACUUGCAUAUCAAGGCUUCAUCUUCAAGCAGACAUCAAAGCCGUUCUGAUUGGCCGAGUGUGGGAUGGGGCAGGACAGGGUAGCUGCUUGGCCCAGCCCAGAACCCUCCUUUCCCUCACCAGAGGGGAAAAGGGAGAGUGGCACAGCUCUACAUCCAGAGUGUCCCCCAGCCUGCCCUGUGGGCUUGUGCCCAGGGUAAGGGCUUGGCCACUUGGCCCCUCUGGAGCAGACACUUUGUGGUCCCCACCCCAACCCUCCCAACCUCAGCCCAGUAUUAGCCCCUUCCAUUGUGGGCCUGGGCUAGGGGGACCCAGGCACUCACCGCCUCCUCCCUGGUACACAGGCUUCUGCCGGGGCCACUAAGCCCCCCUGUGCCCCCUCCCAUCUGUAGUGCAUGGUGUGUGGUGCCCUCAGGGCUCCAGGACAGAUCAGGCCCCACCUUGUGUCUACCCCCAUCCCCGCUGUGAACGUGCCACUGAAUAAAGUCGGGGAAAUGAG